GUCAUACCAUUAUUAUACAAAUAAUUUUUAAUAAACAUCAUUUCCUAAUAAGAGGGAAACUUAAUCACGCCUAUGCAACUUUACAGAAGUCCAAUUGUUCAAUUGCUGAAGCGAUCGGCUAAACUUCUUUGUCAAGAACGUGGAUUGCGUAUUCCUGGCGGGAUGGCCUGUAGCCGAUUUGAAUAUGUAAAAAGUUUUGAGCAGGGUGAUGAUGUGUUACAAAAUGUUUGGAUUGUGAUACGUCUAGAUGGUAAGGGAUUUCAUAAGUUUUCCAAGGUGCAUGACUUUGAUAAGCCAAAUGAUGCAAAUGCACUGAAUUUGAUGAAUAUUGCCGCAGUAGCAGUAAUGGAGGAAUUUCGGGACAUAAUACUAGCUUAUGGCCAGAGCGAUGAAUAUUCAUUCGUUUUCCGCAAAGAAACUAAUGUUUUCAAUCGUCGAGCAUCGAAGUUGCUUUCCUAUGUAACCAGUUUGUUUACCUCGUCAUAUGUAUACAACUGGAUGCAUUGUAUGUCUAAGAAAACUUUACUAUACCCUCCCUGCUUUGAUGGCCGUAUAGUUUUGUAUCCAUCCGAUCAAAAUUUACGCGACUACCUCAGUUGGCGGCAAGCAGACGUUCAUAUUAACAAUUUAUAUAAUACAGCAUUUUGGAAUUUAGUGCUGAAAUCGGGUCUUACAAAUCAAGAAGCUGAAACUGAACUACGCGGUACAUUCUCAGCGGAUAAAAAUGAAUUACUAUUUACAAAAUUUGGAAUUAAUUACAACAAUCUUCCGGCUAUGUUUCGUAAAGGCACCAUACUUUUGAGAAAACGAGUGAAAAUUGAAAACAGUUUAAAUAGACAACUUAUUGUAGAUUUACAUAAUGAUAUGAUACGUGAUAAAUUUUGGAAAGAUCACACCGAACUGUUGGGUAAAUAUAAGCCUGGUGAUUACGUAUGUGAAUUGGAAAAUAUAUCAACUGUGUUGAAACACCAAAUAGAUAAGCUUAAUACAAAUGAAAAACAAGAAAAUAUCGAAUGUUGUAGUUAGUAUACAAUUAAAUGCAAUUGGACCUAAUGUUUAUAUUAA